ACCCUGCUGGCUAUAAAUGGUAAAUUCGCAUCCCACGCCAACAGAAGCAGUUUGUUUAGAACCAGUGCAGACGGAUUUGUAGAGCAACUUAGAACAAUUACAUUUUGUACACAAGUUUAAAUUCUCAAAGAUGCUUCGUUUGAUAUCGGGGGUGUUGUUCGUUGUCGGGAUGGUGGCGGGCCAGGCGCUGCCGCUCCCUUACGGGCCGACGGCCGUGCCUCUUGCCGCCGCCGCGCAGGCCGCCGCCCUGGGCUACAACCCUGCUCUGGGCGGGAUCCCCCCCGCCGCGUACCCCCUCGCCCCCGGGGUGCGCCCGCCGUACCCGGGCCUCCCGGUGCCCGGGGUUCCCGGGGUGCCCGCUGUGCCCGGGGUCAACCCCUACUACAACUACAACGGCGUCGGAGGGCCGGUCGUGCCCAUCCUGACGUACUCCAACGAGGUUCCUACUGGCACUGGGACUUAUGCGUUCAGCUUCUCGACGGGUGACGGCAAGCAGGCGCAGGAGAGCGGCUUCUUGAAGGAUGCCUACAUCGACAACAACGGGGAGCCGCAGGGCACGCAGGUGGUUCAGGGAAGUUACGCCUACAUCGCUCCAGACGGCACGCCCAUACAAGUCAGCUAUGUUGCCGAUGAAAAUGGUUUCCGUCCGUCCGGCGUUCACAUCCCGGCCGGAGCCACCGGGAUCGUACCCAACAUCCUGACCGGCAACUACACCCGGCCGUACGACCCGGCCUUCAACCGGUUCAACCCGUACCGCCCCGGAGCGCCCCUGACCGCCCCCAUCGUGCCUCCAUUCAACGCCCCCAUAGUACCUCCGUACAACGUCCCUGGAGCAUACAACAACUACCGCGCCCCGCUCGCAAACAACUACAAUAAUCUGUACAACAGAUAUGACCCGUACAACCCCGUCGCACCUUACCGACCCUCCGGUUUGUACGGCGCUCCCGGAAAGGACGCUAAAAAGGACUAAUGUUGUGCAAUUUGAUUACCGGUUUUGUAAUUAGCUGUAAUAAAUGAAUUUGAGGCUUGAUUUUA